UUUCUCUAAGUGCGCAUGCGCAUGGUUCCACGCGUUUAUAGGAACCAACUGGCGGGGACUACUGUUUCUAGGGGGAAUGUUUUGGAGCCUGUGCGUUGUGCGUGUUUAAUUAACUUUCGUCUCCCUGUACUGACGUUGUGGAGAUGAGGCUCGGGUUUCUACUCCGCCGGCCCUUUGAUUUUGGGCAGCGGGAGGUCGCACAUUGGUUUCCAGGACACAUGGCCAAGGGGUACGUACAUGAGUGAGGGUCCUCAUGAAUAUUCAUGAGGUGCUUCAAGUUCUGCAUGACAGCUCCCGCCUUGGCGACACCGAUCAGAGACUUAAACAGAUGAGAGCUAAACUAUCUAAAGUUGACUGCAUCAUAGAAGUUCAUGAUGCCCGAAUCCCUUUAUCUGGUCGAAACCCCCUUUUUAAAGAAUACCUCGGUAUUAAACCUCACUUGCUUGUACUCAACAAGCUCGACCUAGCAGACAUGUCUCAUCAGAAGAGGAUUGUUUCCCAGCUAGAGAAACAGGGAGUUCAAAAGGUCAUUUACACCGAUUGCUUCAGGGACGAGAACAUCAAGGAGGUUGUUCCAGCAAUAAUUGAGCGUAUUGGAAGUAGUCCUCGGUUUACAAGAGCAGAGAGUCCAGAAAUAUCCAUUAUGGUGACUGGAAUCCCUAACGUGGGAAAAUCUUCCCUGAUAAAUGCUCUUCGCAGAAUGCAUCUAAAGAAAGGAAAAGCCUCUCGAGUUGGGGGAGAGCCUGGAAUCACUCGCUCAGUGCUUUGUAGAAUACAAAUUUCAGAAAAUCCCCUCAUCUAUCUUUUUGACACACCAGGCGUCCUUUCACCUCGCAUUGAGACUGUUGAGACAGGAAUGAAGCUAGCACUAUGUGGGACAAUUCUUGAUCAUUUGGUGGGUGAAGAUAUAAUAGCAGAUUAUCUCCUUUAUACUCUUAAUCAACAUCACCAGCACAGAUAUGUGGAACAAUAUGAAAUCGAAGAAUCCUGCUCAGAUAUAGAGACCCUGCUGAAAAAGAUUGCCCUUAAGCUAGGAAAGACACAGAGAGUGAAGGCCUUAACUGGUGUUGGGAAUGUGAAUAUUACAGUACCAAAUUACUCAGCUGCUGCUUAUGACUUUAUUAGAGCUUUCCGCAAAGGAGAUUUGGGAAGAGUGACUUUGGACUAAAGAGAUAUUAAAAGACUGGACUUGCCACAAACCAAACAGAAGAACAUUGCACCUUUUUAUGACUGAGCAAAUUUGAAAUAGUCUAUGGCAAAUUGAAAAUUGAAGUCAUUUUCGCAUGCUAUUUAACUAGACUCUGUAAAGAAUAAAUAACAGACAAUUCCUUUGUUGCACUAUGGUGGAGUGCAGCUCUAUUUCAUUGCUGUCAAUGUAUUAAUAAUAAAAUAUAUUUUGUUAAACACGA